AUGAGGAGCUCGCCAAAGAUCACCAUCUCCCUCGGUCAUGCACCCGGAUCGUCCCGGGCAAACGGCUCGCGGACAAGUCUGCAGCUUGCGGAUGCGGAGGAAGAUCUCGGCUGGUCGUGUACCGUCUGCGGGUACAGGAAUGGUGGUGAAGAUGCGAAGUGUGGGCUCUGCGGAGUGGGGAAGGAUCGGAUACCGCAUAGUCGAGGUGGAACACCUGCACCGAACCGGACGUCCUCCGACCGCCCAUCAACGCCUCAGCCCAAUGUAUCAGGCGGACCGGGAGAUGGGCAGGCCAAGGGCGGCAAGAUCGCAUGUCCUACCUGUACCUUCCUCAACCACGGCAGCAUGAUCUCGUGCGAGAUCUGCGCUUCGCCCUUGCCUCGCACGACUCGAGCAAACGGAGCGGCUGCCCCGAGUACCAGCGCGGUCGGAGGCAGCACUACGCCUGGGGACGGGAAACUGGAGGUCGUGCGGCUCAGCUUCAGGAAAGGCGGAGAGAAGGUGGCUUAUGCGAAGCUGAAGAAUGUGUUGAGCCAGAAAGCUUGGGAAAGACAGGACGCGUCAGAUGGGCGCAAUGGUAGGGAUGUUGACGGCGGGACAUCAACACCUCGGGUUUCCGGUAUCGACGGCAUCAUGCAGACAAUCACCCUCGACGCUAAGAACCGCUCCGCCAAUGUUUCAUCCGCAUUUGCCGACCUCGAAGUUCUCAUGGUUCGCGCUGGGGAGAUGGUCAAGCUCGCUCAGUCACUCAACGAGAAGCUGCUCUCGUCGCAACGAACAAAUCCACCCAUCGGGUCGGCCGAAAAGGCGCAGCAGGAGAAAGAGGCGACUCUGAUCCGGACAUCGCUGGUACAGCUGGGUCUGCCUGCUCCGGCUUUGACGAGCGAUAUGGUGCGGAGCGACCAUGAGUACCUGGAGGGACUGGCGCGAGAGUUGGGGGCGCUGCUUACUGGUCACCCCGGAGUGAAGGGGAAGGGCAGAGAGGUGGAGGGGCUGAUGGUGGGGAGUAAGGGCAGGGGCGUUAUCGGCUUGGAUGAGGUCUGGGGAUUGUGGAUGAGGGCGAGAGGCGUCGCGCUACUUUCGCCUGCUACCCUGAUCUCCAUUCUGCCUUUCAUACCGGAUCAGACUUCCCCUCCUAUCCGCCUGAGGACACUCCCAUCCGCCCUCAAAGUCUUGUACUCUCCGACGUAUUCGCCGCCAAACAUGCUCGCCCGGCUGCUGGACCUCCUCUCGCCGGGUCAGGACAGCGGUGCUUCCAUUAGCGAAGAGGCUCCGGCAUCGCCGGCGAUGGAGAAGAGUCUCAGUCUGAUCGAGAUAGCAGCAUACGAGGGUCUGGCUAUCGGCCUGGCAAAGGAAUUGAUGGAGGAGAUCGAGAAGCUAGAGAACGGAGACAUGGGAGGAGUUGGGGGGAUCGUGAGGGAUGAUCAGGCGGAACAGGGGGCUGGAGGUGUUCGGUGGUAUAGGGAUAUCAUGACGGGCUGGACUUUGGAGCAGAAAGCUUGA